ACGCAGCAGCCCAAUUUACCAUCUGACGGACUUCCACUUAUUAAUUUCCAGAGUUCAUUACUCACAUCACGCGUUGACACUGCAUCUCAGUAUCAAACGAACAAUCUGACAAUGACGUUCCAACUCUCAGCGGUUCUAGUCGGCCACGAAUCUGAUGUGAAAGCAGUGGUGGCCGCAACGGAGGACUUACUUGCAUCUGUAUCCCGUGAUACAUCCACAAUUACGUGGCGACGAACGGGAGCCAAUUCGUUUGAACCGUCGGGCCGCUUCCAGGAACACUCACACUUUGUAAACGCAGUAACAUAUCUACCACCAAGUGGAGAUCAUCCAAAUGGCCUUUUUGCAAGUGCUGGUUCCGACAAAAUCAUUGCAGUGUUUGACCCGACCUUGCCAAAGAAUGCACUCUAUUCUUUGAUUGGACAUACUGACAACGUGUGUGCGCUUUCAACUGCACCAAACGGCGAUAUCAUCUCUGGAUCGUGGGACUUUACUGCCAAAGUGUGGAGGAACUGGGAAUGUAUUUUUACGGUCAAACAUAAUCAGUCAGUCUGGGCAGUUCUUGGACUGGAGGAUGGGGGAUUUUUAACUGGAUCCGCCGAUAAGACUAUUAAGCUAUGGCGUGAUGGGAAGUGUGUGCACACAUACUUGGGUCAUACCGAUGCCGUCAGGGGCUUGGCUCCUCUAUCUGAUCGGAGAUUUGUGUCCUGUUCAAAUGACGGAACACUGCGAAUUUGGUCUCUAGAUGGAGAAUGUCUGCAAGAGUUGACAGGACACACCUCCUUUGUAUAUACUGUUGCCAUUUUGCCCUCGGGAGAAAUCGUGUCAGGUGGUGAAGAUCGCUCAAUCCGAAUCUGGAAAGGAGGCGAAUGUGUGCAAACUAUCAUCCACCCAUGUCCGUCGGUUUGGAGCGUUGCCUCUCUUGCCAACGGUGAUAUUAUCACCGGCGCAAGUGAUGCGGUGGUCCGCGUCUUUACCAAGUCCAAUGAUCGCUUGGCCCCUCCAGAAGUCCUCAAGGCUUUCGAUGACUCCGUAGCGAGCCAAGCCAUACCAUCGAAUCAGAUCGGCGAUGUCGACAAGUCAAAGCUGCCUGGUCCUGAUGUUUUGGAUCGACCAGGGAACAAGGACCAGCAAGUUAUCAUGGUCAAUAUGGGUAAUUCGGUCGAAGCGCAUCAAUGGAGUCAAGCGGACCACAAAUGGCAUAAAGUUGGUGAGGUCGUGGAUGCUAUAGGAUCUGGUCGCAAAACACAAUUUGAGGGAAGAGAUUACGACUACGUUUUCGAUGUUGAUAUUGGAGAAGGGAUGCCACCUCUCAAGUUGCCAUAUAACGCAUCACAGAAUCCAUACGAGGCCGCACAAGAGUUUAUAUGGAAACAUGAGCUUCCGCAAGAUUACUUGGACCAAAUUGCAAAUUUCAUUCUUCAGAAUGCAAAGGACGCGACGCUGGGCGCUAGCUCGUCGUCAUAUCAAGAUCCCUUUACUGGUGGUAAUAGAUACGUGCCCGGUGGAUCCAGGGGCCCAGCCUCCGAAGGAAGCGCAUAUCAGUCAGCCGGUGUUCAGCUGAACCGAGCACCCCAAUCGAGUUCAUACAUUCCGCACCUUGAAUAUACGUUAUUUAAAGCCGCGAACCUCACAGCCAUCCUUGCCAAAUUGGUACAGCUGAAUGCAGAUCUGGAAAAGAGCAUGGAUUAUGGCACCGCUGCUCUGAAACCAGAGGAAGAAAAGGACCUGGAGCAAGUGAUCAAGUCGCUUGAGACACCCUCUAAGUCCCAGCAGGCCUUUAAGCCGCACCACCUUGCAAUCUUGCAGAAGGCUGCUCUCCAAUGGCCACCACAGCAACGAUUUCCCGCCAUUGAUAUUCUCCGUCUAGUGGUGCUACACUCAUCAUUGCCGGUCACUUCAGGAAGUCUGGCACGCCUACUCGACCAACUGGCUGGCUUCUCGACGCUCAAACAGGAUGCGUUGAGCAAAGUAGAAGAAACAAAUAUUAUGCUUGCAUUGCGCUUUUUGGCAAAUGCGUUUGCCACCAAAGAGGGUCAGGCAUCAGCAUACAAUGAGCGACAGCAGAUUGUGGAUCUUGUUAAAGACUGCUGGCGGGGAACACAGAACAAAAACCUGAGGGUAGCCCUCGCGACUGUUUUCCUGAAUUAUGCUGUGUUGUUGAAUGAACGGCCCGACGACGCUCUGCGUGUAGACCUACUCAAAACGGUGAUUGAGUUUCUCCGGACCGAAACGGAUGCUGAGACAGAGUUCCGAGCCAUGGUCGCGCUUGGAACAUUGGUUCACGACAACGCGGACGCCAAGGAGGCUGCUAAUCUCAUGAAUGCUGCGUCGACUGUGAAACGUGCCCGUCGAACUACCGGUGAUUCCGAGGUGAAGCUGCAGCAAAUUGAAAAAGAUCUGAUAGCACUGCUUAGAUGAGUGGUUUUCGGGGCCUGUAAUGGACUACUGACAGCAUAGCUGCAAUGUGACAAUAUAUGCAAAUACAUUAAAACAUUCUGCAACAACCGUAAGAACAA